AUGUGUAUCGUCUUAGCAACUACCGCACAUCCGUCCUACGCACUCAUCAUCCUUGAUAAUCGAGAUGAAUUCAUUCUUCGGCCGACCAGCAAGCCACACUGGUGGUCUUCCAAUCAUCAGGAAAUCCUCUCAAGUCGAGACCUUCAACGUGCCGAGCAAGGAACAUGGCUAGGCAUUACGAAAGCUGGUAACUUUGCAGUUCUUACAAAUUAUCGCGAAACAAAUACCCACGACAAAGACCAUCCCGUACAAGGAACGAGGAGUCGAGGCGGUAUGGUCACGGCUUGGUUGACGGCAGAAAACGACGAGAGUACCAAACAAUUUGUACACAGGCUAUUGGACGGGGAUGGAGUGAAAGGUGUCGGCGGGUUCUCCUUGGUAUGCGGGAAGUUGCGAAAAGAAAGAUCCUCUGACGACCAAAUGGAACCUCUAGCAAUCAUUUCAAAUCGCAGCGGAACCCCAGAUGAAGUACCAUGGGUAGCGGCCAACAGAGGAGAGGUUUACGGCUUAAGUAAUACUUCCUACGAUGAUCCAAUAACUUGGCCCAAGAUUAAGUCUGGCAAGGAAAAGGUCUUGGAGGUUGUAGAAGAAGUGGUACACAAUGGCUUUGGAGAAGAGGAGCUAAUCAAGAAGUUGUUCACUGUUCUGGAUAUUGAUACGCUCCCGAAGAAAGAUGACAGUCAGGACUUUGAGGAGUAUAUCUAUCAGCUGCGCAAGUCAAUCUUCAUACCUACCAUCGGCCAUGCAGCCCCAGCUUCAGAAGUUCCAAAAGCAGACGAGAUUGCAGCUGCUGUCGGGAAGGUAUCGUCAUCCAACGAAGAAUCCGCAGUCGAAAUGAAGGAACAGCGGAUCAAGGAUCAGGAGGAGCAAAGGCCAACGCCCGAGAACAAUAAUGUUAUAUCUGGCGUUUACGGUACCCAAAGGCAAACCAUCAUUCUCGUAGAUUGGCAAGGACAUGUCACAUUUAUAGAGCGCUCAUUGUUUGAUGAAGAAGGCAAUCCGAUGGAAAGAGGACAAGCUGAUAUGAGGUUUGAGUUCGAUAUCGAGGGAUGGAAUGGGGAAAACGACAAAGUACAAUAG